UAUGACGGGACAGGAGGCUACGAGAGGAAGAAGACUGCUGUGCUGAUGUAGUACACAAUUGGAUCCCGGAAGUGCACAUGCGUUUGGUAGUGCCGGAAAAGCGGGCUUCUUGAGUCUCUUGCUGAGCUUUGGUCGGCUAGCUUGGUAUGUUGUCGGGCUGAAGCCGCCGCCAUGAGCACGUGCUCAGUCUCCAAGGGCUGCUUUGUGUUCAAGCCAAAAUCUAAGAAGAGAAAGACAUCCUCAGCAGCUGACUAUUUUAGUGAAGGCAAUAAUGACUCAGAGGACAGUGGGCUACGAUUUGAUACUUGUCAGUUGUUAUGGAAACAGAUUAAAUGUGAAACAGAGGAACUACAAGAUGACCUGAAUAAAAAACUAUUUGAUAGUUUGAUCAGAUAUUUGAGGCAAUCUCACUCGGAUUUCAAGGAGAAAAAAACAGAAUGGGCUUGUCGGAUGAAGUCUAAUGAAGUUCCUACUGCAGCUCUUGUUCUAGGUGUAAAUGUUACGGACCAUGACCUAACAUUUAAAGGUCUGUCAGAAGUUCUUCAAGAUGAAGUUACUCCAUUUGUUGUGUCUCUGAGGUCUAAAGAAUGCCAAGGUAUAAAACAGCUGAUGCAGAAGCUCAUGACUCGACUGAUGGGCUGCCAUGUAGAUGUGGACUCAUCCGAAGAGGAGGAACCUUCUGUGAUUUCUCCCAAUAGGAUACGCUGCUCUGUGACAUUUCUUACUGAUUGGUACAGAAAUGUAACCAGGAAAACUGAUAUUGGUACUUCCUGCCAAAAAGGAGCAUCUCCAUCCAGACACUGGGAAUCUCCUCCAGUUGUGGUUAUUUUCAAGGACAUGGAAAGUUUCACUACCAAAGUUCUGCAGGACUUUAUAAUUAUCAGCAGUCAAUGUAUGUGUGAAUUUCCACUGGUACUCAUUUUUGGAAUUGCCACCUCUCCAAUGAUUAUACACAAGUUACUUCCUCACUCAGUUUCCUCUAUGUUGUGCAUAGAACUCUUCCAGUCUCUUUCCUGCAAAGAGCACUUGGCUAAAGUAAUUGACAAGCUAAUUCUGACAAGCCAAUUUCCCUUUAAACUUGGCGAGAAAGUUCUACAAGUGCUAAUAAACAUAUUUUUGUAUCAUGAUUUCUCUGUUCAGAACUUCAUCAAGGGAUUUCAGCUAUCUCUUCUGGAGCAUUUUUAUUCCCACCCCCUCAGUGUGCUGUGCUGUGAGUUCCAAGAAGCUAGGAAAAGAGUAAAAUGUUUAUCACCAAGUCAAUGUGAAAAUAUACGAAGGCUAACAUCUUUUAGAAGAUUUGUGGAAAGCCAAGCAUCAAACAAGCAGACCGUAUUGUUGACAGAUGAUAGCUGUUUAAAGGAAACAGUGCAAACAUUGCUGCAAGAUCUGCAUACUUAUCAUAAAAAUUAUUUCCCAAUUCUACGGUGUCUUCAUGCUUUUAUGUCUUCUCUUCCAAAGUACCCAUUAGGCAAACAGAUCAGAGAACUGCACUGUGCAUGUUUAGAGAAGAGAGUGUGGGAAACAGAAGAAUAUGAGUCAGCCAUUCAGCUGCUGCUGUUCGUUUGUUUUAGAAUGUUGGCCAAGGAUGAACUAGUGGCCAUUCUUGAAAAAUGUGUGGAGAUUAUUGCAUCCUCUUCUGCAACACAUCUUGAAAACUCUGCAAAGAAAUUGGAGGAGUACCUGGAUCAAUUUAAAAAAUUUGAAGAAGCCAAUGAUGAUCAAGCGGAGACUGUAACAUCACUUAAAGAAAUCCAGAAGAAGACAGACCUCUAUCAUCUUCAAAAGACUCUGUUAGAGAUGAAGGAAUCAAGAAGAUUUAAGAAACUAUCCAAGUUUGAAAUGCUCCGUUUUGAAGUUGUUGACUUUAUAGACAGCCUUGUGAGAAAUCACCUUGUACCCGCAGAGAUGCAGACACUGCAUGAGGUGAUGUAUUUCAGUACAACCAAUACUCUCCGGGAGCAUUUGAAUGCUGCUCCCCGUAUUGCUCUUCACACUGCUCUUAACAGUCCGUAUUUCUAUCUGAAGAAUGAAGCCUUGAAAAGUGAUGUAGGAUGCAUUCCUAAUACAGCACCAGAUAUCUGUAUAGCGUAUAAGCUUCAUUUGGAGUGUGGCAGAUUAAUUAACCUUGUUGAUUGGCUGGAGGCAUUUUCAACAGUCAUAAUUGCAGCUGAAAACCAAAAUUCUACAAUCAAGGACCAAAUGGACGAUAUUAUCCAUGCUCGUUUCAUUAGAGCUGUCUCGGAACUGGAAUUCUUGGGCUUCAUAAAGCCUACCAAGCAGAAGACUGAUCAUGUGGCAAGGCUGACCUGGGGCAACUGCUGAUGUGCCUUCUCUUUUAGAAAAACCAAUCUUUGAAUGGCACUAAUAACUAUGGUAGCAACUGGGUUACACUGAAGGAGAAACUCCAUUUUGCCUCUGACACUGACAAUAAAAAUACAUACAAACA